AUGGCUAUUCUGUUACCAGCACCUCCAACGACGCCACUAACAGAGGCAGAUGAGCACGGACGUACUACUCUCAUGAGGGCAAUUAUAAGUAAUGACAGGAACGCCAUCUUAUCCCAUGCCCCCUUUGAAUGGGGGUGGGCAGAUGUCGAUGGCUACACCGCAUUGAUGCAUGCUGUUCAGGCUGAUAACAUAGAAGCAGUUAAGUUGCUUACUGACUUCGAGUAUCCCUUUACUCUUCCCGACACCCGUACGGCCCUCAUGCUGGCAAUUAAACAUAGACGGUAUAGACUGGUUCCUCUAAUGACGGAGCGCUUGAGCAGGCUAACCAACAGGCAUGGGUAUAACGCCCUGAUGUAUGCCGUUACUUUGGGGGACCUCGAAAUGAUCAGAGUUCUUAUAGCUAGCUGGCCAAGCUCAUGCAUGGAGGAUUUGCUCGCUGCCAACGAUGUUGUUGACCUGGGACCAGUCGAUGCCAGAGACGCUAUUUCCGAACUACUGAAAAUAUCAAUCGAGAGGCUGCCAGACGUGGCCCGGUUUAGCAGACGGGUGCUGUGCAUGGGCGUUAUUCCGAAGAAAGCCAUACCCAACCAUGCUAAUGGUGUUUACCCUAUAGACAUUCACUUUCACGAGGAAAACGCCUCAUGGCGUGAGACAGAGGCUCAGCUGUGUGAGACGAUCAAGCUACUGCACACUAAGAUAGAGGGGUUAGAGUCCAAUCAGUUAAAAGGAAUCUCUAAGUGUGUCUCUAGGCACGUCAGUGUAACGCAGGAGCACAAAAGCAUAUGCCUACAAACACCUUUUGAUUGGGGCAGCCAAUCAUGGACGCUAGCCAAACUCUUAUCUAAACUUGAUAGCAAGCAAAGAAAAAUAGCAAUACUCGAGGAGGAGCUUCAAAUCCUUCAAGGCAAAGAUACAAUGGAUAACCCUGGCCACUCUUUCUUCAAGGAGGCCAGUGAUCUGAGGAUCAAGGAGCGAACUCUGAAGGAGAGGAUUGCUAUAUUGGAGCGAGCCAUGGAUGAACAUAUUGGUAUUAUAAAUGGCAUACUGGGCACAAGCUGCCAAUCGCUAAUGGAGGUAGAGAGCAGUGUAAAGUCGAUGGCUCGGACGGAAGUGCAAAUGCAAGAUACAGCAGUUCCUACGUGCUCCAGUCUUGAAAAUGUGAAUACCCGUAUCUGUAGCCCGAUGACUGUGAUCCAGGAGGUAAACGUUGUGGCUACUGGCUGUGAUAAGGGCACCGACCCAGAGACAAGCACAGUAGAUGCCUAUGCGCAAGCUGCAGCGGAUGAGAACUCUAUGUCUGACAUCGCUUCUUUCCGGCAGCAACUAAAUGAAAAAGAGGCCCUUCUUGACAAAAUAUGUUCAGUAGUAAAGAUUGAGGAGGGUCAUGCAGAUGGACAAGUAAUAGUGUCGGCUAUAGACAGAAUCCUAAAGCAAAACGCCUCUUUACAGAGCGAUUUAAAGUCAGCCUCAGAAAAGCUGCUAGGACAUUGUACAAAGUCGGCUCUAUUACACAACUUACUAAAAGACACUGGGGUAGACUCAAUUGAGGCACUCGCAACUUACAUUUCCACCACAAAACAGGAGUUGGCGCAGUACAGGUUCCGUGUCGGCAACGUUACUUCAUCUGAUUCCAUGCAAACUGCCGGGAGUAUUGGUCAUGAUGUCUGCAAUAACGAGAAGUCUAAUGAUAAGCAAGCUUCUUGCCAGUAUUUUAACAGUGGUGGUGUGGAUCCAGCACAAGUGUCAGCCCUUUUACGGCAACUAUCAUCAUAUACGCAAAGACCUUGCACAACUGUUACGGAUGCCAUGCACUUAAUCCACGAAUAUUGUGUUCGAGCAGCAUCAGAGAGUAUUGCUCUACAGAAAACGAGAGAUGAUGUGGAAAGGGAGCAUUCCAUAGCAAGGAGUGCCCGUGCAGCUUUGGCAGACCAAGAGGCAGCAUAUAAUGCGCUUAUCAAUAAGCACACUGUUCUACUUAAUGAUGCUCAGCAUCUUGCAAUGAAAUACAACGAUUUGGGAAAGAAGUACAAUGACUUAUACGCAGCACAUGAACAAUUACAAAGGAUUCUUGCAGCAACAAGGCAGCGAGCAAUACAGCAUCAAUCUCCCAAAAGCGUUAGGUUUGCUGAUACAGUUGGCCCUGUCGAAAAGGCUGAGCACGAGAAUAAUGACAGACUUAAUGGUGACCAGCUUCAAAUUCCAAUAACUGUAGCCGACGCAGCAUGCACCCAGAUCACAUAUGAAGUGUCUGCUGAUAGGGCUGGCCAUAUACGGAGAGCCAUGAGUGUAGACGACGCUAAAAAGUUCAUCAAUCAACAAAUUACUAAGCAGAAAACGCGGAGUCAAAGUACAACAAGCAAUUCGCCCCUCUACCCUGCGUGGAACUGCUGCACAUCAGCGGACAUAUCAAAGUGGCUUCGCAGACCACUCUUCGUUCAAUAUUAA